AUGUCGCAAAAAGGCAGAGGAAAGGGCAAGGGCCCUGAAGUGGUAUUCGAUGACAAGGCACGAGCCGAGUACCUCACUGGAUUCCGCAAACGUAAGCAAGAGCGAAAGCAGGCCGGUCGUGAUUACCUCGCAAAAAAGGCAAAGGAGGAGCAGCUCGCGACGCGCAAGGAGCUUCGUAAUGCUCGCAAGGAAAAAGCCGCCGAGAACGUGCGAGAGCAGAGAAAGGCGUUCGGUCUCGAUGCUGAGGGCGAGUCGGAUCUGGAUAAAGCGGCUGAUGCUGACUCGGAUGGCGGUGAAGACAUCGACGACGAGGAUGCAGUACCGCAGAUCCACCAAGAGGAGUACGACUCGGAUCAGCAUCAUACCCAUGUCGUCGUCGAAUCGUUUGAUCCAGAGCAAGAGGCAUUCGAAAAGGCCACUGCCAUCACGACCACCAGCACUCGCACUCCCAAAGCUGCCAAUGCUGUGUCUGCGUCUGCUGCCACUGCUGCCCUUUCCAGUGUAGAGGCUCUUCCACCUUCUUCCCGCCGCGUCAACAAAGCUAAGGCCAAUGCGAGUCUCUCUCUCCCCUUUCUCCUCGAUCGAGCCUCCUCCUCGUCCUCCUUCUCCUCGCCGCGUCUUGACGACCGACAUACUGACAUGACUCUCCUUCCUUUCUCUUCACCACCAAUAACAGGCCAAAGCCAAGAAACGAGUGAUUCACACCAAGAAGAAAAUGUCACGCACAAAAGACUCCACAUCUCGGGGCUCACAGCCGCGUUCUCGAAAGAGGACCUAGAACGUCGCUUCUCCACCUUUGGCACCGUCAUCGCGCUCGACGGGCUCGGCAAGCGCGAUGCUCUUGGUCAACUUCGUCCUUUCGCCUACCUCACCCUGCAAGCGCCACCACAGCAGAUUAAGCGCUGCAUGAACUUGCUGUCUGGAUCCGUUUGGAAAGGUGCAACCCUCCGCAUCGGUGAAGCCAAGCCCGACUAUCAGCAACGCAUACAUCUCGAAACCGAGAAACGUCGACGUGAGGAAGAAGAGAAGGCGAGCCACCCCAAAAAGCCGAAACGUCUGCCGCCAGGGAUGGGCCUUGAGAGCCCACACUUGGAUCCUGUCGAUCAAGCUGCCGUCGAGAGCGGUCUGGCAUGGGGGUGGAAACGUACACCUGCGGGACAUCUCAUUCGUCCUUUGCGCAUGCGACCCUCCCACCCUCUGCCGCGCCCAUCGCGCACAUCCACGCUAUCGAGAAUCGACGCAACAGAAAACGAGGAGGAUGACCAGCAACAGCAGCAAGAGUCAUCCAGCAGACGCGCGCGCGUCAAUCCUCGUCCUCCCACCAAGGCACACCGCAUCACCAUCGACCCUACACGAUACGGCGCCAUCCACUUGUCCGGCGAUCUGCUUGAAUCGCUUGCUGGAGAUGCAGCCUUUGAUGCAACUUCCCUCGGUCCCGGCGAAUGGCACUGCGAGGAGAUUCUGCACGAUGACGAUGAUAGCCAACAGGAUCACCGUCUGGUACGCUGGCAAUACACCGCAAAGGACGGCAAAGUGCUGCACGAGGAGUUUGCAAAGAUCCCUGUUCGUGUCGUACCCAAGCGAUCGAUGUCAGCAUCGGCAGCCGGUGUCGGCGCUUGCGAAGAGGCAGAGGAUGUCAUGGCGCAGCUUGAUUUCGACCGAUACUCAGAUGCAGGCAGCGACGAUGAUCUGUUCUCUGGAUUCGCAUCGACCGCCACUCCGGCCGUGAAGCAGGUCGAGUCGAAACCCGCCCCUAUCACCAUUACACCCCCAAACAGCAACGCGAGAAACAACGUUGUCGUGGACACGGCCGACAUCGACGACCUCUUCGCCGACCUUCCCUCGAAAUCCUCUGCUACAGCAACAACCGACGUCAACGACCUGUUUUCCGACCUGCCCUCUAUCGGUACCCCGUCGCAGCAGACACCGCAACCGCCGCAACCCAGACGCCCCCGUGUUGCCGAGAUUGCUCCCACACCGACACCAUCCAAGAAAGUCAAGGGUACUUUCGUCCCUGGUCUGGACCCGGACGAAGAGGACCCGGGCAACUUUUCGGAUGGAUACGAUGAGGUGGCUGCUGCUGCUGCUGGGCCGUCGCUGAUCAGCAGCACCGACAAGCAGGUGGUAGCUGAUGCGGAGCAGGAACGCCAAAAGACGCUCGCGUUGCUGGGAGAGAUGUUUGGGUCUGGUUCCGAUGACGAGUCGCCUUCCAUUGAUGUUGCGCAGAUUCAAGCGGAGUCGGCAGAAGAAGAGUCGGAAUCCGAGUCAGACGAGGGUACGGCUUCGGAUGCCAGUUCAGAGUCGAACAGCGCUUCCGAGGCUGCUUCUGCAGAGGCUGCUGGUGAAAGCUCUCUGUCCUGCUCUGAGUCUAGCAGUUCAACGAGCGAAACCGGAGACGAUGAAAUGUCAGUCGACGAGGAAGAUGAGGCUGACCAAGUCGAGGAAAUUGCCGCAGAGGACGAGCAAGACGUGCCUAUGGCAGACGCACCUGUAGCCCCUGUUGAACCCGUUGCGGCACCAGCCACGGACGACAAGUCACGCCGAGCAGCCUUCCUCCUUUCGCUCUCCAAUCCUGCUUCGACUGCCACGCAGAACACCAGCUACGUACCCAUCGCACGCUUCGAUCCGGGCACUCGCGCCGUCACGCCGCCGGCGCCAACGACAACGUCAGACGACAAUGCAUCGAUAGCCAAGCAGCCAGCACCCGACGCUGCAUCUCUUGCAUCGUCGCAACCACCAUCCUCGGUGCAAGCGGGUCAAGCGGAAGCCGAAGGAACAAAGGUAUCCAUGUCGACGCUCAAGGAAAUGUUCAAGCCACAAGAUCGCGUCUCUGGGUCCGCCGUGACUGCAGGCUUCAGUCUCGGUCUCGGUGGUGGCGGGGACAUCGCUUCUGGUAGCGGUAAGAGUGGUGGCGGCUUCUCAUUGAUGGAUUCGUUGGGGCUGGAAUUUGAGCUCGAGGACGAAGAACCAGAGACCGAUGCCGCUCCUGCUUCCAACAUGUUCGCGUCAUCCUGGAGCAACAUCGCCGCCGCGCAACCGUUCGUCGCUGCAUCAUCGAUGACCAACGAGGCCCCGCAAAGAAUGUCGUCGCCGUUCUUCCCGUCGUCGAGCAACGCGGCUUCGUGGAACAACAACGACGGCUCGGUACGACGCUGGCUCAACGCGCGAUCGCAAGAAGAAAGGGAGUCGGAUUGGACGCGGUACAAGGAGUCGUUGACGCAGGUGGUCAAGAAACGCCAUCGCGAGGCCGCAAGGAAGCAUAAACGUGGAUUCAAGAGUUUGCCGUCACAGCAGCAGCAGGGUAUGCCAGCAGCAGUGGGCGCUGUCAACAGCAGGAGUUAG